CCUGCCCAAGGGACUGUAUUACAGAGCUUCCAAAUGUAUGGAAUAUUAAUCGUGAUUCAUAUCUAUUGUAUUUAUUUAACGUAAUUAGUUGUUCUAUAACCUAUGUUAUUGAGUAUUGGCCAAAGCUUGUUUGGAUAAACAUACGUUCAUAUGUAGGCCGUGUGCCCGUGGUGGUGAGCACUGAAGACGGUGAGUGCUGCUUGUGUAAUAGAUUGACGUGCCGCAGCAACAGUUCUCGCCGCUGACGUCCCUUGUCUAAUACUACCCAACACCUCAGCAUUCAGACUUCAGGGGCCCUCUAAUAGAAGAGGGAGGGACAUCUGCUCUUGACUGUCAAUGAGAAAGCGCUCCACAUUUAUUAGUGUAGCGGUCCUGAAGAGAUAACGGCUAAGAUGCUUAGAAGACUCUUCGCCAGCAAAAACUUCAAGAAAAAGUUUGGAGACUUAAUCAAAGUAGGAACAGGAGGCACACUGGUGUUUGCUGGCAUCAACAUCUAUUACCAGAAUGAAAAGUUUUACAACACCUGGGUAAUGCCGCUGCUCCUCUCCCUUGAUCCAGAGACAGCACACACCCUAGCAGUGAAGGCAGCUCAGUACCACUUGGUGCCAGAGGCCAAGCUUAGAGAGUCACACCUACUGAGGAGCAAACUUCUCAACCUAAACUUCAAGACCCCCAUUGGACUUGCUGCUGGAUUUGACAAGCAAGGGGAGGCAGUGAAGGGGCUGUGGAGGAUGGGCUUUGGCUUUGUGGAGGUGGGCUCUGUGACACCUGAACCCCAACCUGGCAACCCACAGCCCAGAGUGUUCCGUCUCAUCUCAGACUCUGCUGUCAUCAACAGAUAUGGCUUUAACAGUGAGGGUCACGAAGCAGUGUUUGCACGUCUGAGCCAGCUGCCCCCACCAGGCCGCAGAGGGGGAGCCAUCCUGGGAAUCAACUUAGGCAAAAAUAAAACCUCAGAAGACCAUGUGAAGGAUUACACACUUGGGGUGCAGAAGUUUGGUCCCUUGGCAGAUUAUCUAGUGGUAAAUGUAUCCAGCCCUAACACUCCUGGACUAAGGAAUCUACAAAGCCAGGAACACUUGGAGAAACUAAUAGAGGCAGUCAUGUCAGCACGUGACAGCCUGCCAACCACACACAGGCCACCACUGCUCCUCAAGAUUGCACCAGACCUGACAGAGGCAGACAUGCAAGACAUUGCUACUGUUGUUCUGCAGAAAAAGGUUGAUGGACUGAUAGUAACUAACACCACUGUGACACGUCCCUCCUCUCUCACCAGUCCAGAGCGGGGAGAGGUUGGGGGACUGAGUGGUCAGCCCCUGAAGGACCUUUCAACACGCAUGGUUAAGGAAAUGUACUGUCUCACAAAAGGCCAGGUACCCAUCAUAGGAGUGGGUGGGGUGGCCUGUGGCAGUGAUGCUUAUGAAAAGAUCCGAGCAGGAGCCAGCUUGGUGCAACUGUACACUGGGCUUGUCUACCAUGGUCCAAUGCUGGUGGCCAGGAUAACUGAGGAACUAGAGCUCCUCUUGAGACAAGAUGGCUUCAACUCAGUGGCAGAAGCAGUUGGUGCUGAUGCCCACAUCAAGUAAGAAAUUAUGGCCACCCCACUGCAGCUGUGUUUGCAAUGAGGUUUUUAACUUCUUUUGAUAUAAACAUUAUUUAAUGACAUCAUCAAAUAUUUGAUUUUCCUUGUUACACAAGAUUUUUAAAGUAUUUUUUCUAUUCACUGAAAGUUUUAUUGCAAAUGAUAAAAUGUUAGUAUGUAUAUUUAUUCUGGAUUGGCAGUUAUUUCCCUCAGCCUGCUUGUACCAGAUGUGGUUGUGAUGGAGGCUUGUAGUGACAAUGAGAAGAAUAUGCUAAGUACAGGAAACUUGUUAUAUGUAUAUUUUUUCCUAAAAUUUGGACAAUUUUAAGGUUUCCUGAAAGACUGAAUGAAAUUUAUUUGUUCUUUCUUGGCACAUUGCCUUCUAUCACAAAUGUAAUGGGCAUAGGUUGCUUUUGGUACUAGUCAUGAGUCUCAGUCCAAGCAUUCUAUUUUGCCAAGUUACUUAAUGAUAUUCCAUUGGUAAUAGUAAUGUGAAUGCAUAAUUACCAAUUACUUAAUGUUGUGAGUUUGGAAAGUACAAUAAGUAGAGCAACAUUGAAAUUAAUACUUAAGUACAUGCAGGUCAGGAUUGUUGAGAAGCGACUCACAUCCACAUUUUAGGUUGAUGUUAAAAUCUUAUAGUUCUAUGCAAUGACAUUUUUGGGAGCAGUUGGAGAGGCUCUUCAUCUCCACCUCACAAGAUGGCAAUGAAAAAUAGAUUGACUUUACUGUAUAUCACCUGCUUACAGAUUUAUAAAUCUGUAUAGCAGUUUCCUCCUCAAACUCAAGAAAUUAACAACUUUACUUAAUAGAAUAUUGAAACAUACUUAAACAUUGAUGUAACAGUUCAUUCCUUAUAGCCGAAGUUUCAGGUUUUAUGAAGAAUGUGAAGGUGAAACACACUUGAGUUGGCAUGUAAAGAGCCAAUGACACUAGGUGGUAACCAGAAAGACAUUAGUUGUGCAACCAGUUUUCAUGUCUGUCAGUCAUAAGCAGCAACAGUGCAAUAAAUUUGGUGAAGAUUUGUUUGUUGUUAAACAGUGUGGUUAAUGACCACUUCUCUCUC